ACAAAAGGCAGAAACUCAUUUAAGUACAUUAUUUAGUUCAUUAUAACCUUUGAGGAUCUAUAUAAUGGUUUUGCUGGAUGGACUUGGGAAGCUGACUAAGUUCAAAAUUGAUAUACAAACAACACUCGAAAAAUGUCACUUCAAUUUACAAUUCUCUUUCUUUUCAUAUUCUCAACAUCGUCAUCUUAUUUCAUCUGUCCCGCACACUCCAAAAUCGCUCGACUUGGGAUUUCUCCAAAUCUGCUAAAGAAUGCACCAGACAGACCAACACAAAAAAUUGCUGAAUCUGAUCUUAAGUUAUUCUACUUUAAUCAGACUCUCGACCAUUUCACAUUCACACCGGAAAGCUACCUGACAUUUCAACAACGAUACGCCAUCGAUUCCAAGCACUGGGCUGGUGCUAAAGCGAACGCACCAAUCUUAGCAUUUCUUGGACUGGAAUCAUCGUUAGAGACUGAUUUUUCUGCCUUCGGUUUCCUUAGAGACAAUGCUCCUCACUUUAAAGCGCUCUGCGUCUACAUAGAGCAUACGUAUUAUGGGAAGACGAUUCCAUUUGGAUCAGUAAAAGAAGCAAUGAAGAACGCGAGUACGUUGGGGUAUUUGAACACGGCUCAAGCCUUAGCAGACUACGCCGCAAUUCUCUUGCAUGUUAAGGAGAAGUACUCCACUAAACACAGUCCUAUCAUUGUCGUAGGAGGAUCGUAUGGUGGAAUGUUAGCAGCAUGGUUUAGGCUAAAAUAUCCGCACAUAGCUCUCGGGGCAUUAGCAUCUUCAGCUCCUCUUCUCUACUUUGAAGAUACUCGUCCUAAAUUUGGUUAUUAUUAUAUUAUUACCAAAGUUUUCAAGGAAACGAACAAGAGAUGUUACAAUACGAUCCGCAAAUCUUGGAAACAAAUCGAUAAAGUUGCUGCCAAACCCAACGGCUUAUUGAUCCUCGGCAAAAAGUUCAAAACUUGCGCUCCAUUAAAUAAAAGCUUUGAUCUGAAAGAUUUUUUGGACACGAUAUACGCUGAAGCUGUUCAAUACAACGAGGGUUUCUUGGUGACCAACGUGUGCAGUGCAAUCAACGCCAACCCACCAAACCGUAAAAUCGAUAUACUCGACCGGAUUUUCGCAGGUGUCGUCGCUUUAACAGGCAAUCAAUCUUGCUAUGAUACUAAUUAUUCUGUGCUAGUCGCAAACGAUGAUAUGGCAUGGAGAUGGCAAGGCUGCAGCGAGAUAGUGAUACCCGUGGGACAUGACAAACAAGAUGCUAUGUUCCCAACAUCCCCGUUUAAUAUGACCAGUUUCAUUGAGGGCUGUGAAUCUAAUUAUGGUGUCUCUCCUAGGCCACAUUGGAUCACAACGUACUAUGGCAUUCAGGAUAUCAAAUUAAUCCUCCGAAGAUUUGGGAGCAAUAUAAUAUUUUCUAAUGGACUGUCAGAUCCUUACAGCGUUGGCGGAGUUUUGGAGGAUCUUUCAGAUAGUGUAGUUGCCAUCACCACAAAUAAUGGUUCACAUUGUCAAGAUAUCAAUUUGAAGAGCAAAGGAGAUCCGGAGUGGCUGGUGAUGCAAAGAGAGAAAGAAAUUAAAAUAAUUGAUUAUUGGCUUUUAAAGUACCAAAAAGAUCUAAGAGAUCUUAACAUAUCAAUCUAAGUACUGAGAUUGAAUAAUAAUUACUUGUGUCAUAUAAAAGGCAGUACUGCUAGCUACUGCACUAGUUUAUUGAGAUUGGGCUAGAUUUUGAAACUUUCGACUGUGGCCCUUAUAUGUAUGGUUUAAGAACCGAAAUCCAAAACCAAUACGUAUGUAUUGGACGUCGAAACUUUCGACUGUCACGUACGUAUGACUUGGACGUCGAAAUACCGAAACCAAGCAGAGAGGUUCGAUGUCACGAACCAAUAUUUAA